AAGUCGGCCCAAAAGGCUGGGAGGCCCAUGCUAAUGUGAUACCAAUAAAUAUCAUUCUGUCUGAGGACUGUCUCUGAAAGGCUAAUGCCUAGUCUCUUCCCGAUAACUACAGUUAAUCCCGUUUCUUCCUCCUCUCCAAGAAACGAGAAUUUCCAUCCGAUUGGAUUGUUUAUCCUCGAUUCUCGGACCCUUUCUGAGGGUACACUGCCACAACAAUCUUGUCCCUAUACUUCUGAACAAAAUGGGCGAGCCGAACGUAAGCACAGACACAUCCUUGAUUCUAUUCGUGCUCUGCUCAUUUCAUCCUCUUGUCCAGAGCGAUUUUGGGGUGAGGCUGCUCUUACAGCUGUUUAUCUUAUUAAUCGCAUUCCAUCAUCAGUCCUUAAUAACCAAUCUCCAUAUGAGCGUCUACAUGGUAUUCUUCCUGCUUAUAAUCUUCUUAAGGUUUUUGGUUGUGCGUGUUUUGUUCUUCUUCCACCUCAUGAACAUAACAAGUUAGAACUUAGAGCUCGAUUAUGCUAUUUUUUGGGUUAUGGGAUUACACAAAAAGGAUAUCGUUGUUGGGAUCCUGUGUCACAAAAACUCCGAGUUUCACGUCAUGUUGUGUUUUGGGAACACACUAUGUUCUCAUCAUUGUCAAACUUCAAAGUGUCAUCCUCUCAUCAACCUCCAUUUUUUACUAAUCCUUCUAUUAAGCUAUUUCCUAGUGAUUCUAAUGCAGGUACAUCUGAUGAGCUCUACAAUGCCUCACCACAUGCUCCAACCAGUUUUGUAGAAGAUGAUCUGCCUGUUGGUAAUGCAUCAGAUAAUUUUGAGCCUUCUUCUACUUCCUCGUCUACAAAUGAGCUUGUUGUCCCAUCCUCGAGUCAUCCUACUCGGGUAAGAAAGCCUCCAAACUACCUUCGUGAUUAUCAUUGUUUUCCUGCUGUUACUUCGUUACAUGAGCCUCAAUCCUAUCAAGAGGCCUCUUCUAACCCUCUUUGGCAACAAGCUAUGCAAGAUGAAUUACAAGCUCUUGAGAACACUCGUACAUGGGAUUUAGUUGAUCUCCCUACUGAAAAAUCUCUAAUAGGCUGUAAAUGGGUGUACAAGAUCAAAACGCGAUCUGAUGGUUCUGUGGAGCGUUAUAAGGCACACUUGGUUGCCAAGGGUUUUACACAGGAGUAUGGAAUCGACUAUGAAGAGACAUUUGCUCCAGUUGCUCGUCUUACAUCUGUGCGCAGUCUGCUUGCUAUUGCUGCUAUAUGGAGAUGGAAAUUGUUUCAGAUGGAUGUGAAAAAUGCUUUUCUUAAUGGUGACUUAGAAGAAGAAGUUUAUAUGAAACCACCUCCUGGGCUCCAUCAUCCUCCAAACAAGGUAUGUCGAUUGCGCCGAGCAUUAUAUGGGUUGAAGCAAUCCCCUCGAGCCUGGUAUGCAAAGUUUAGUGCUACUGUGAGUGAGUUUGGUUUUACUUCCAGUCCACAUGAUACAGCUUUGUUCAUUCCAGUACUUCGCAUUAUUCGCUAUGUUAAGGGAACAUUAUUUCAUGGACUCCAUUUUUCUGCCAACUCAUCCCUUGUGCUUCGCGCUUACUCUGAUGCUGAUUGGGCUGGUGAUCCUUCUGAUCGUAGAUCUACCACCGGUUACUGUCUUUUCCUUGGUAAUUCUCUCAUCUCUUGGCGGAGUAAGAAACAAGCUAUUCCAUCUCGCUCUAGUACAGAAGCUGAGUAUAGAGCUCUCGGGGAUACCACAUCAGAACUUCUUUCAUUGCGGUGGCUUCUUGAAGAUAUGGGUAUUCCUCAACCUUCUUCUACUGAUUUAUAUUGUGAUAAUUAAAGUGCUAUGCAGAUUGCUCAUAAUGAUGUCUUUCAUGAACGCACUAAACACAUUGAGGUUGAUUGUCACUUUAUUCGCCAUCAUGUUGCACAAGGAACUGUUCAUUUGGUUUUCAUUGGCUCCGCAGAUCAACCAGCAGAUCUCUUUACCAAGGCUCAUUUUCCUGGACGCUUUCGUACUCUUCUUUCCAAACUCAAGUUGAUUUCAUCACAACCACCUUGAGUUUGAGGGGGGAUGUUAAGAUGUGAAUAUAAUUAUUGUAAAUAU